AUGGCAGUGAAAGACAGCAAGAGAUGGACGCUGGGAUUGAUAUUCCUUGGCGUGGUGGUGGUAUUAUGGGUUUUGUCAUCAUUUUUGAUCAACAUGAUCUUUGAGGACGAGUCGUACCGCAAACCGUUUCUUAUCACUUACAUCAACACAGCAUCAUUCAUAUUUUAUCUCAUCCCUACAUUUGUGGCCGUACUGCGCAAUCGCAGAACUACGGGAAAGUUCAACAUUCAUGAGGAGCUGAUGAUCGAGGAAGAAGGCAGCGGCGCCUUGUCGCAGAGCGAGCCCACUUCGACUUCGCCACUGGUACCGAAGGACAGCGACGAGCUUACAAGUCAAUGUAAGCUUUCGCUUCCCGCCACAAUCCAGCUGAGCGCGCAGUUUUGCGUCUUGUGGUUCUUGGCUAACCUCGUCACCAACGCAUCGCUUUCCUACACUUCGGUCGCAUCUCAGACCAUUCUUUCGUCGACUUCGUCGUUCUUCACCCUUCUGGUUGGUUCAUUAUGCCACAUCGAGUUCAUAAACCGCAUCAAAAUUGUUGGCUCCCUAGUGUCGUUUAUUGGUAUUGUGCUAGUGACCAAGUCUGACUCCGAUACAGUGUCCAAGAGCGACACUGGCAACGUGCAUUACACAGUCCCAUACAAAUUCCAUAAUGGUAUCUCUCCAGAUAACACGGACGCGUUUACAAUUUUUUGUGGUAAUUUGCUUGCUCUUUCAGGGGCUCUCUUCUAUGGUGUUUAUAGCACGCUUCUCAAGUGGAGAAUAAGAGAUGAGUCGCGUGUCAAUAUGAAGAUCUUUUUCGGGUUUGUAGGUCUCUUCACGCUAGUACUUAUGUGGCCCACAAUCAUUCUCCUACAUUACCUUGGAUGGGAAAAGUUCGAGUUGCCCCAGGGACCCCGAGUAAUUUCGAUCAUUUUAGUGAACUGCAUUUUGACCUUCAUCAGUGACUUUUGUUGGGCAAAGGCUAUGCUUCUCACAUCUCCCUUGAUUGUCACUGUGGGUUUGAGCACGACUAUACCAUUUGCCAUGUUGGGAGAUUUUCUCUUCAAGGACAGGCCCAUGUCAUUUAUUUAUCUACUUGGUGCAACUUUAAUUUGCGGCAGCUUUUUUAUCAUUAAUAGAGACGCGGAAAACGAGCACAGAGAGGAAGAAGAGCAACUACCUUACGUUGUUUAG